AGAAUGACCGGAAAGAGUCAGACCAGCAACGUGACCAACAAGAACGACCCCAGGUCGCUCAACUCCAGAGUCUUCAUCGGCAACCUCAACACGGCCAUCGUCAAGAAGACGGACAUCGAGGUCAUCUUCGCCAAGUACGGGAAGAUCGUGGGCUGCUCCGUGCACAAGGGCUUCGCCUUCGUGCAGUACAUGAGUGAGCGGAACGCCCGGGCCGCCGUCGCCGGGGAGAACGCCCGCAUCAUCGCCGGGCAACCGCUCGACAUCAACAUGGCCGGGGAGCCGAGACCCUACAGGCCGAAAGUGGGGCCCAAAAGACCCCUGUCUGCCAUUUACAGUGGCUAUGAGUUUGACUAUGACUACUACAGGGAUGAUUUCUACAGCCGGCUGUUUGACUAUCACGGGCGGAUCGCGCCCCCGCCUCGGGCCGUGAUCCCAAUCAAGCGCUCUCGAGUGGCCGUCCCGUCCACACGCCGGGGGAAGAGCGCCUUCUCCGUCAAGAUGUCCGCCUCCUCCUCCUCCUCCAGACCGGCCGUGUCCAGCUCCCUAGCCACCGGACCCAAAUUGAAGACGGACCAGCUCCACACCAUCAAACAGGAGCUGUCGCAGAUCAAAGUGAAGAUUGACUCCCUGCUGGUCAGACUGGAGAAGAUUGAGAAGCAGCAGCGGGCUGAGGCCGAGGUGCAGAGGAAGUAUGAGGAGAGGUACGAGCCCCACCACGAGUCUGCCUCCGACGUGGCAGAACAUUCCGGAGAGGAGGUGGGGGAGGGGCCGCUGGAGACAGAGGCCGGGGAGAUGACGGACGGGGGCGAGGAUGACUAUGAUGAUGAAGGCAGUGCCGACCUGAUCGAGAACCAUGUAUCAGACAUAGACAACUGAAAAAGUGAGGAGGGGCGGCCCCAAGCUACGGGAGCAGGAAGGCCAGCGGAAACUGCAGUUUCCUCUGACGGAGAGAGUGUGGAAUCCCACCAAAAAUAAUCUAAAAAUCUUUCUGAGAAGGAGAAAAGACCACCGAACAAGACUUAAGGAUGAUGUUUUUCCUCAUAAAAUGACAUUUCACUGCCCAAAAGGGUCUGGCGCACUGGCAAAUUGGCAAAUUAGCAGAAAAAGAUGACACUACACCGUAUGCUUUUUUUUACUUGUGAAAAUGUUUUUAGAAGUCAUAGACCCUACAUGCCUAUGUGGCUUUACAUACUGUAUUUAUUUGUACUUACUGUCAUGCACACCAUUAGAAUAAUAUGAACUGCUUACAGAUAUGUAGGAGUGGUGAGAUGAAGAAAUGUCUUCAAUGAAUACUGUCAGUUACGUGUUUUCUAUGAUUUGCUAUCAUAUAUGAAACCCUCAAAAUAAUUUUCCCCACUGUGCAGUUGAGUCUGUAUGGAUUUACUUGAAGUGCUUCAUCUCCUGACAGUCUUGUGUGUUGAUAACAGCUCUGCUGGCCUUUCCCUGCAGUUAUUUAGCCCAGUUAUUUGAAUUAAUGUGUUUACUUAACCCUCACACUAAUUAAUCUUUUUUCAGCCUCUGAAAUGACAGGGAUAUUAGAGUGAUCAGGACACAGUUUGGUGGUGAUAUUAUCAAGGAGCAUUUCACACGUGCUACCAAGCUAAUUUUCUACUGACCUGCCCUAUGAGCACUGUACGUGUGACAUUCUAAUCCGGCCCAAUAUGGCGUUUUUCAUUAAAACUAAUGAGUUUGAUCCUACUGGGUCAAAUUCUGCUGACAACUCAACACCUUUCUUUUUUUCAUGUACCAAGUACAUCCUCCCUAUCAGUUUGCACAUACAUUAGCAUAUGUUGAGCGUUUUAUAUAAGGAUGAUGUUUAUGCUUUUUUUGCGUUUUAUUUUGGGGAAAACACAACGGUGGAGGCAAAUAGCACAGCUUAUAUUCACAUUAGUUGUGCUCAUUUUAAAGAGUGUACUAUGAAUUAUGUUGAUUUUUAAGCAAAGCCAUGCUAACUGUUUACAUGUGCAUUGUUUGAUAAAAUGGUUUCUAGCUAGAGUAUGCACAGAGCAAGCACCCCUUUUUCUGAUUGACGAAACUGCAGUCAAACCUGCAAUUGGCCACACCAACAGCUUACUGUAGGCCAGAAAAAAUUCACCCUGGAUAGGCCUCCUGGUAGCCCUGAGGAUAGGUGGUAUGUAGCCAGGAACUGCACCGGCUGUCCUUGUGUAUGAAUCGUGUUGGUGAUGGAGGUCCAGCCGUGCCUGUUCUGUACUGUGCCAAGUGUCCCUGGUUGCCCUUCUGGCCUCCUGAAUGAACGUUGUCUCUUCCUCCAAACAUUUAUCACAUCUGCAAGGCCAAGCGCUCCCUACAUGAAACCUUUCCAAAUUGCAAAUGCAGCCCUCGUUGUUCCUGAGCAUGAUUUUAUAACUUUGUCAAUCCUCAUUUCUGGUCCUGGCAGGCUGCAGGGUCAACUAUUUUUUGUUGUUACGUGGCACUUAGUACAUUGAUUAAAGCAGUGAAUUACACCGUUAACUCAUUGCAAUACAUUACAUUACAAGGCAUUUAGCAGACGCUCUUAUCCACAGCAACGUACAACGAAGUGCAGAUCAAACACAAGUACAAGUGUGAAGAGGACCUGAGAGGACAGUACAGUUCUGAGUCCUAGUGUAACCAUAAAGAUAACCAUAAAGAUACAAUUGUAGAGAUAAAAACUCACCACCUCACCUGGUUUUCUGGGUUUGAAUUGUUUUUUGCUGAUUUUAAGGCAAAGGCAAAAAAACAACAGACCUGGGGGCCUGCAGGACCAGGAAUGAACCUCACUGUAGUAGGCAGACAGUAAGUCAGUAAUCACUCUUAGGUCCUCAGCAGAAAGUAUAACUUAAGAAUGUCUGGCUUGCACAGUACCAAUGCUCCCAGAACAAAUGUUUUCUUUUUGACAUUUCAAUCUGAGUGGAGUAAAAACAUCAAAGUAAAAUAUUUUUUGGGGAGCAAUAAUAAUCCGCCAGCUCUAUUACUUCCUUUUGAAGAGGAUUUCUGGAACGUUCUUGCCGUUCACCAGGCCUUUGUACAACAUGGCCCCCUUGGCCUUAAUUUCGCCUUGAUUGCUUUUUUUUUGUAGUUUCUAUUAUUUUCAUUUUAUAUAUGUAUUUUUGUUUUAUUAUUAUUGGUUUCCAUUAUAGCCAAGCUCUUUAAUGUCAGGCAAGACAAUAAAAAGUUAAAUGAUAUAGUCAGUUUCAUUAAGGAAAAAAACUGCCAAGUCUGCAUGCUGGAUGUAUUCCAGAGUCAUAAAUGAGCUUGGGGUCUCGGCGUACUGUUUGAAUGCUUUGGACAGCCAUAGCAAUUUGCUUGCUUGGAAGCAGCGGAGUAGGGAUGUAUACAUACUCAGAGAGGGUGAGGAAUUGCUGAAACCGUGGAGCUGAAAACCCAUUUGAUCCUUAGAAAGGAAUACAUAUAUUUCCAUGCCCCUUUUAUUCAGGACUGCCUCAUUAAUCUAUUUUUAAUGAUCAAGGCAAACCUGUUUGCAAAGUCUGCUAAAAUAUUACAUUGAGCUCUCUAUUUUUGUAUACUUCAUUUCCCUUGGAGAAAGUAUUAUUAUUAUUAAAAAUGUAGGCCUACUGCCUUUUAUUGUUUCGGUCUUUUCGUUGUUGUUGUUGUUCUUUCUGAAUAGUAAAUAAUUUGCAUUGCAGAACACUGCAUCGCUUGGGAAAUGAAAAUGUGUCUUGGAACAAUAGUAUGCAUCAUAAAAGAAAGAAAAUAGGAUGCUUUCAGGAGAGUGUUGUUUUCCAGGACUUAACUACAAAUGCCAACGUCUCAAAAUCCCAAGCCUGUACAUAACUGAAUAUUAUGGGUUUAAUAGAAGUGUACAAUGUCCAAUUAAAGAGGUUUAAUUAAGUAAACGAAUGAUGUUGUACAGAAAUGUAAAAAAAAAUAUUAAUCUAUUUUUUAUGAUGAGCAUGUUGUUGAAGGUGUUGUUAAAAUGUAUUCUAUUUGUAUUUGGCUGUUGUAUGGCUGUAGGCUCUCUUGAGUAGAACAGAGAACAAUUAAAGUGCUCUCUAUGUA